AGCGCGUUUGGGCUCCAAGCCCGCGGGGAGAGCUGCCAUGAUGGACUCCGCGCAGGGCUUGACGCCCAAAGACGGCGCGACCCGCCAUGCCGCCACGCGCACGAUGUCUGCGAGCGACUCGCCGCGGACCCCCGCGGCGGCCCGCAGCCUGGCGGCGGCGGCGGGCUGGGCAGAGGUGCCCGCGGGUGACACGCCCGGGACCCGCCGCAGCGGCAGCCGGGCCGGCGCCAGCCGGGCCGGCGGCACGCCCGCGAGCCGCCGCAGCGGCAGCAGCUGGCGCAGCUGGCACACGAGCCCGCGCGCGGCCAGCGAGGAGAGGGCACCAGGCUCGGAGCGGCAGCGCUCCGCCUCCCGGCGGAGCACGGGGCGGCGCAGCGCCGGCUGGCGGAGCUCCGGGGUUCUUCCUGAGAGUCUGCGCAGUAGCCGGGAGGACGCGGACCUCGAGGCUCCCCCCGGCGUGGAGCACGACGCCCCCGCCGCGUCUGCCUUCGCGUCGAGCAGCAUGGCCUCGACGACGCACCUCGACAGGGACCUGCUGCCGCAGGGCAGCAUGAAGAGCAUCAUGCAGG